AAAGAGCGGCGGAUACGACAAUGUAAAGAGCGAUUGGAUCGUCUCCUGAACAAGGAGGACGAUUUGUUAUCAAUUUCCGGAGGUGCUAAUAACACUCGAAGUGUAUCUGAAGACAAAGAAACGUUCUCAACGCCAACAACACUUACUACUACUGCAUUAAUAGAAUUACAGCCAAGCAGUGAAAAUACGGGUCGCUAUAUGGCAAUAGAAAAUGACAACUCGAGCACGUCGUCGUCUGAUGAAAUUCUGUUAUGA